AUGAAGAACUAUACUUCCAAUACAUCUAUCAGUCUCUUCUCGAAUCUCGUCUUCGAGGAGCUCAUCGUCCAACAAAGCGCCGAUGCGCUGAAAGGUCCCGUUGCUUGGCGCUCACAUGUCCAGCCCACGCAUCCCGUCAGCCGCAUAAUUGAGCCACCCGCAGGCUCAAACAUACCACUUACAACCAGUCUUCUCCCCGACAUUCGCAGUGACCAAGCUCGAAUAGCAGAUAUCAAUGCGAUGGCACACUCGACCUCGAACUCUGGCUUUGCUCACGCCCCAUGUUUCCGCAUAUCCAGGCGCGGAAAAGCGAAACUCGUUCUCCAACGAGAAAGCCAUCGCCCAUCAGUACUCGCAACUGCGGUCGUGUCGAACCUGGCCACGCUCAGCCUUCGCCAGCGCCGCCUGCUUCGGAAAUGGCAGCGGCUCAAGGCUCGUCUCGAGCGCGACCUUCGAAGGAGCGAGGAUAGAUCGCGAGUGCCGAGUGUUCGUGAGAUGGACAGGCUCAUCAAGCUCAUCAGCAACAUCUUCUUCUUCGGCAAGCUCAAGCGCGUCAAGUUCGAGUGGAACGAGGGACUCGAGGCGCGAGAAAAAAUUCUGCGAGGACCGCGGAUCUGGCGUCAAGAUACUGGGCGGUGA